GUGUGAGCACUUGCCGCAGCCUUUUGGGGACACUUUUGGGUCCGGGGCGGUGGGGGGGGGAACCGCUCGCGGGUGCAAGACGCUUUGUUUGACCUCGAGAUCUACCGCUUGUUGAACCGCGGGAUCUACAUUGUGAUCCGUGAGGCUCUUGCUCAACUCACCGUCGGUCAGGUGCCGGAUCCACUGCGACGUGCAGAUCUUCUCGCGGCCGGGCGAGCAGAAGACGCCUGGUGCCCAGCAGAUUCCAGCAGCAGCAUGUGCACAUGUGACUUUCAGAGGAGUUGGUCAGAAUUUGGCAGACGAGUUGAUCAGACUUUGGAUGUGAGGGCUUGCGAAGCUGAUUUUGGCUGAAAUCUGAAAGUUGCUUGUGGAUCUUGUUGCUAUGUCCUUCAAUGCAGUUGCGGCUCGGCAACCUUGCCCGCGGCAAGCGUGAGGGUGACGGCGAGCCGGCCAAGUCUGACUGGGAAGACUUGCAGGCCGCCGUCUUGGCCGGUGACACAAAGGCCCUGCAGGUGGCCGACGCAGUGAUGGCGCAGGCCAAGAGCCGCACUGACGCCGAGCGCAUGGAGGCGUUGGGACGCCUCCUGCAGGAGGAGUCCGUGGAGGACUGGCGGAGCCUGCAGCUUGGCGCUCCGCGUGCAGCCAUGCCUGCCUCUGACAGCGUCUCAUCCAGGGACCCCAGGAACCUCAGGGACCCCAGCAACGCCAGGCGCCCCAGAAACCUCAAAACUUUCAGAGACCCCUGAAACCCCCGCCCUCCAGGGCACGACAGCUUGUGACUUCCGCGGUGCCGAUUUCGGUUGCUUGUUUUGCAGGCAGGCCAGUUUGGUAUCUCGCUUGGACUUUGAUGCAGCGGCAGGAUGUGGG